CAGCGUCUUGACCGGCGCCACUCAUGUCCGGCUCCUUAAUCUUACAGCCUGAUUUCUGCUCUGCGCAAGUAAGGAUUCAUGCUGGGCCACUUCACGGGGGAGAUCACAUCGUUCGGCAACGUCGCAGCGGGUGACAGACAACCUACGCGAAAGCGACACCGCGCGCGCCACACCAAGUCUCGUCGCGGAUGCUUCUCCUGCAAACUACGCAGGGUCAAAUGUGAUGAAGUGCAGCCAGUCUGCGGUGCCUGCUCCUUCCGAGAGGAGACAUGCUCCUAUCCUGACGAGCCAACCAUCUCGACGAGAACCGCCCAAUCCCCCGCAAAAAGACAUAGAGCACGAACUGAAUGCAGUCGCUCAACUGAGCGCAAUCCGCUGGACAUCAAUUUGGCGCUGUCUGCCGGCUUUCCAGCGCCGUCACCAGAGGACUUCUUGGCCAUGGACAACCUCCGCUUGGUCCAAUUCUACCACAUGUACACAGGCUCGCAGAUGACCCCGCAUCCGAAACGAACUCUUAUCUGGCAGCGCAUUCUGCCCAUAAUAGCCGGGGAGAAUAGAUUCGUCAUGCACCUGCUUCUCUCAGUGGGCGGUAUUCAUAUGAUGAUAACUCAACAAACGAAGCGUAGCAACAAACCAGCACCGCGACAGUCAGAAAGUGUGGAACUGAGAGUGGUCCUGGAACACUAUCAGCGCGGACUACAGAGCUUCCGAGAUGAAGUGUCUCAGAUCUCCGAAUCCAAUGCUGAAGCGAUCUUUGCGGGCUCUAUGCUUCUGAUUGCUUUCGCCUACGCGUCUCUGCAGAUUCCCGAACUAAACCCACCACCAACAAUGACCGAGCUACUACUAAGCCUUUCGCCUCAGCUCAGCUGGCUGCACCUCGUCCGGGGGAUACCGACGGUGAUGGGCGGCCAGUGGGUUGUCUUGAAAGCGAGUCGGCUCCGGCCCAUGAUGCUCUUUCCGGAUGAUGAAUUUUGGAAAGUCCUACCUUGCGUCCCAAACUUGUCACGACUCGGAAGCUGUUCGCCUCGUAUAUUGGCAUUUGCGCAAGGCGCAAACGAUGCAAUAGCCAGUCUGAAGGCCACCAGGACAUUAUCCGGGUUUACAAACGUUAACAGUGUUGAUAGCCUCGACUCCCCACAUUCAGCUUCCUCUUCGACGACGUCGGAUGACGUUUUGGAUAUGUUAUCAAGGACUAUUGGGACCUUGGAAGACACGUAUGAACGCAUUUUUGCAGCCUUUCAUUGUUCGAUCAGCGAGCAAGGCGACCCGGAAGAUGCCGAUAUCCAGGCCAAUUUAGAAGAGGCGGCAAUACUAUCCUGGCCCAUAAAGAUUUCUAGCGACUUCCUCACCGUGCUGGAAACAACGGAUCCAUUAAGCUCUCUUUGGCGGUGUUCUUUGGUGAUCAUCGCCCAUUUCUAUGUUGCUAAUACCUUGCUUGACACCUGGUAUAUGCAUCAGUCCUUUGAGGGCGAGAUCCUUAAGAUCAAUGACCUCAUACGCGCAACAGGUGACGUUGAGUCGGUUCGACUCAUGCAAUGGCCCGUUCAAGUCGUGAGCUUAUGA